AGAUCCCACCGAAGCCCUCUCUCUCUAGAUUUUCAUUCUCCCUCUGGAAAACUCUUUUUCUCUCUCUUUCUCUUUUCAUUAUCUAUUUGAUUUCAGUCUCACAAACCCUUCUCUCUACAUCGCCUCUAACGCUCAGCAUCCUGCUUCUGGGGUUUUGCUAAAUCCUUUCCUCGAGGGAUUAAGGGGUUUUCGAAAUUUUGAACCCCGUUUCGGCUUCUAUAAUACUCGACCGUUGCUUCAAGUUCUCCCCUUGAGAAUCAGAAAAUGCACAGACCACCACCUGACGAUUUUUCUCUGAAGGAGACCUCUCCCCACCUCGGUGGGGGAAAGGUCACCGGGGAUAAGCUCACAAGCACAUAUGACCUCGUUGAGCAAAUGCAAUAUCUAUAUGUUCGUGUUGUUAAAGCAAAAGAUUUACCAUCAAAGGACGUUACAGGAAGCUGUGACCCGUAUGUUGAAGUUAAGCUUGGAAACUAUAAGGGCACCACACCACAUUUUGAGAAGAAAACUAAUCCAGAAUGGAACCGGGUGUUUGCUUUCUCAAAAGAUCGGAUGCAGGCUUCAAUGCUGGAGGUUAUAGUGAAAGAUAAGGAUUUUGUGAAGGAUGACUACAUAGGUCGGGUUGUAUUUGAUCUCAAUGAGGUUCCAAAGCGGGUUCCCCCGGACAGUCCUCUGGCACCUCAGUGGUAUAGGUUGGAGGACAGAAAGGGGGACAAGGUUAAAGGAGGAGAGCUGAUGUUGGCCGUUUGGAUGGGUACUCAAGCAGAUGAAGCAUUUCCGGAUGCAUGGCAUUCUGAUGCUGCAGCGGUCAGUGGUAGUGAUGGUCUUGCAAAUAUGAGAUCAAAGGUGUAUCUCUCGCCUAAGCUAUGGUAUCUGAGGGUUAAUGUGAUUGAAGCUCAGGACCUGCAACCAACUGAUAGGGGUCGGUAUCCUGAAGUUUUUGUGAAGGCUAUUCUAGGAAAUCAGGCUCUGAGAACUAGAAUUUCUCAGAUCAAAUCCAUCAAUCCAAUGUGGAAUGAGGAUUUGAUGUUUGUGGCAUCUGAGCCAUUUGAGGAGCCCUUGAUUUUGAGUGUGGAAGAUAGGGUUGGAAACAACAAAGAUGAGGUCUUGGGGAGGUGUGCAAUUCCUUUACAGUAUGUGGAUAGAAGGUUUGAUCAUAAAAUUAUGAACUCGAGGUGGUUUAAUCUUGAGAAGCAUAUUGUUGUGGAUGGGGAGCAAAAGAAGAAGGAGAUCAAGUUUGCAAGCAGGAUUCAUUUGAGGAUCUGUUUGGAGGGUGGUUAUCAUGUUCUGGAUGAGUCAACACACUACAGUAGUGAUCUUAGACCAACAGAAAAACGGUUGUGGAAGUCUAGCAUUGGCGUUCUGGAAUUGGGGAUUUUGAAUGCUCAGGGGUUGUUGCCGAUGAAGACGAAAGAUGGGCGGGGAACGACUGAUGCUUAUUGUGUGGCCAAAUAUGGUCAAAAGUGGGUUAGGACGAGGACAAUCAUAGAUAGCUCUACUCCCAAGUGGAAUGAGCAAUACACAUGGGAGGUUUAUGACCCAUGUACUGUCAUAACUAUUGGGGUGUUUGACAACUGUCAUUUGCAUGGAGGUGAUAAGGCUGGAGGAGCGACCAAGGACUCGAGGAUUGGAAAGGUAAGAAUUCGCCUUUCAACCCUUGAGACUGAUCGUGUUUAUACACACUCAUACCCACUUCUUGUCUUACAUCCAACUGUGAAGAAGAUGGGUGAAAUUCAUUUGGCUGUGAGGUUUACUUGCUCAUCUUUGCUUAAUAUGAUGCAUAUGUACUCACAACCACUGUUGCCAAAAAUGCACUACCUUCAUCCGUUAACUGUUAAUCAGCUAGAUAGCUUGAGGCAUCAGGCCACCCAGAUUGUCUCAAUGAGGCUGAGCCGUGCCGAGCCACCACUGAGAAAAGAAGUGGUGGAGUAUAUGCUGGAUGUGGGUUCCCACAUGUGGAGUAUGAGAAGAAGCAAAGCCAACUUUUUCAGGAUCAUGGGGGUUUUGGGUGGGCUAAUUGCUGUGGGAAAAUGGUUUGAUCAGAUAUGCAAUUGGAAGAACUCCAUUACAACCGUCCUGAUUCACAUAUUGUUCUUUAUACUGGUCAUGUAUCCUGAGCUCAUUUUACCCACAAUUUUCCUCUAUCUUUUCUUGAUUGGAGUUUGGUACUUCAGAUGGAGGCCAAGGCAUCCUCCACACAUGGACACUCGUCUCUCCCAUGCUGAUUCUGCACAUCCUGAUGAACUGGAUGAAGAAUUCGAUACAUUUCCAACUUCCCGGCCUUCUGAUGUUGUAAGGAUGAGAUAUGAUCGAUUGAGAAGUAUUGCAGGGAGGAUUCAGACUGUGGUUGGUGACUUGGCAACUCAAGGGGAGAGGCUGCAAUCUUUGCUGAGCUGGCGAGACCCGAGAGCUACAGCACUGUUUGUGCUUUUCUGUUUGGUUGCUGCCAUAGUUCUGUAUGUUACACCCUUUCAGGUUGUGGCUCUUUUGACAGGAUUUUAUGUGUUGAGACAUCCCAGGUUCCGUCAUAAGCUUCCUUCAGUGCCCCUGAAUUUCUUCAGGAGGUUGCCAGCCAGAACUGACUGCAUGUUAUGAGCAAGCAAACUGGCAUUAUGCAAUUCAUGUGAUGCGGUAUUGCAUUGGAUUUGCCCGUUAUGUUUUCUUCUUUUCCCUUUUCCAGUCAGUGAAGAAGAUGUAGAAACAAAUGGAGCUUGUUUGUUUUCUUUCCAUUAGCUGCGAAUGUUGGGACCUGGUAUGAUAUGUAACCUCUCCCUUGAAGCUUAGUAGGUUUUGUGGAUUUGUGUUUUAUUUAUGUCAUUUAUAGGAUUUCUGUUUCAAACUUUGUGUCUUGACUCCAUGGUAAUCAAUCCAUGUUCAUUUGUAAUUUUGUAGGCCGUGAUUUGAGUUUCUCUGUGCUAUAUCCUUAAUUACUAGCUGGUUUCUUUAAUGGCACAUCUGCUCCCAUCCCAGUAAA